CAAUUGUGCAGGAAAACCAAACUGACUGAAUCUACUAUGGAAUACCUCAUGGUGAGAGCCUUGAAGAAUCCCAAGUUAAAACACGAUUUGAUUCUCCUGAUUUGUUCUCUCUACGAGAUCUCGAGCAAUCGUCCCAGUUCUGUUUCUGAGAAAAUAGUUCGGAGAAUAUCUGGUUUCGAUUGGUUCUGCAACGAGAUAUCGAGUGUGAAAUCUCAUGGGGUCAGAGUGACGAAAUUCGUUAUUCCACUGGUGGAGUCUGCAAUAAAAAUAGUCCUGAAAGAUCCCCUGGAGAAUGCAGAAAUUAGAAGCCUUGUGAACGAUAUAUUCCAGAAAAUAAAAUUCGAUGGUUCUGAAGUCGAUCUUAUCCUCCGGAAUACCUUGAAACCAAAUUUGAUAUCUGAUGAAUUGACAAAAGAUGGUAAAAUCUUUCUGUCUACCCUGUACAACUACCUGGAGGUGCGUUAUCCCUUGCAGUUCGACGAAUACCUGAAGAAGCUGAUGAAGACGAGUGAGGUGAAUCCAGAGUCGAAGGCGGCUCUCCGAUUCCUGAUGAAGUGGCACGAGGGCGUAGAGUGCACCAGGAAAUCCAUCGAGCUCUUCGACAAGUUGAAUCACUACAGCGCCGAGCAGAGAAUUCUGGCGUUGAAUUUUCUAGCAGAGUCCCCCAGCGAUCUCGCUGAUGGCUUCCAGGAUAUGGUGAUCAAAUCGAUCCUGGAGAAAUUCAAUGACGACGACGUGAGAGUGGUGAGAGCUCUAUUGAAAUUCCCAGUGAAAACUCUGACAAGUCUCUUCCCAGCAGACAUCUUAACAGACAGAUUGAUGGUUCUCCUCUCCCAAUGUCACACCGAGAAAAAGAAUGUCCUGGCGAAACCGGCGGUGAAGCUCCUCCUGGAGCUCUGCGACGACGGGGACGACACCUGUCUCUUCAUCGCCACUCUGCCCUACCUCUUCCCCAGCUCGGAUACGGAAACAAAAAUUGCCAUUUUAGUUCUCGAGUCUGAAUUCGCUGCCAAGAACAAGUACCUUAGUGCUGUCAAGGAAAACAUUCAAGGAAAGGCCGAUGCAGCGUUGAUCUGCUCAGCAGCAUUCCACAAUAUUUUGAAGAGGGAGAUUUUACCCCCAACAGAAAAUAUUCUGACGACCAUGAAGACUUCCUACGAUAACGAUGCCACCUCCCUGUUCUUUAACCUAAUCCUCCUGGGAUCAGUCUGCCGAGUCCCCGUGGGUUCUCUGCCCUCGAACAUCGCCCUGGAGGUGAUCGAGAUGGCUGCAGAGAUGAUGAAGAAGUAUCCCAAAGUGGGGAGCCUCCCCGACUGCAAUCAGUUGAAUGGAGACAGGAUUCAGGAUGGCCUGAAAUUGACGUCUCAGGGGAUUCUUCCCCUCCAGGCUGUCACCUACGUCCUGGAGAUGGUUCAUCGGCGGCUAGAGCUCAAGGCGAAUAGACUGCUCGAUUUUGAGGGGAGUCCCCAGACUACAAGACUCAUCCUCCGCCUCGUGGAGAUCCUCUUCGAAGGUAUGACCUCUCCAAAACGACAGCCUCACUACUCCUGGUGUUUGAAAAUUUUCUUCCAACGUCAUUUCCCCACCGGCGAGGAUAUGCUUCGUUUCCUGUCAGAGUUCUUCAUAAAACCUGUCAACGCGCAGACUUCACUGCAUGCCCUGAACGUCACAUCGAAGGUCCUGUCCAAGAGUGAGUCUUUCCAGUGGAUAUUCGGGGACAGGGUUUUCCUCCCGAACUUCCUGAUCGCAUUAUCGAGACAGAACAGACAGUGCCGUGAGGCAGCUGUUGAUAUUCUCAAGAGACUCUCUCAAACCUUCAACCUGGAGAUGGAGGGGUGCUCUAAAUUGCUGUCGAAACUCUCCAAACGCUCGUCAGAACUUGCAAUGGAUCCUGACCAGCUGUCAUUAAUUCUCUACACACUCCUCUCCCCAGAUCCAGACGUGAGAGCUCAAUUGAAAAAAGAGGCCCGAGGACAACUCGAGAAAACCCAGGAAUUCCUCUUCGAUAUCAUCUCUGACGAGAACACUCCCAUUCACGUGACGUCACAACUUCUGGAGGUGCUAGUCCACGUCAAUGGCCCUGAACUUCUGAAAACCCUGAGUGUCAAGGGGCUGGAGUUCCUCGAGAAGCUCCAGAGUAAUCCAAAGCACAUGGACAGCAUGUCCAUGGCUCUGAAGAAUAUUCUCCAGAGAUUCAAUAGCACAACCGUGUCAGCCCUCGUUGAUGACACUGUUUGGAAAUUCUUUAAAACAGCCAUCACCAACCACCGGCUAUUUCUCGCAACUGAAAAUGGCGAGCACCCGGCAAGUGUCAUCCUCAUCAAACAGAUUGACCUCGUAUUCUUCGAGAAUGCUGGUAAGAUAUCGGAGAGUCUUCAGAGAAAAAUCUUCGCCCUCUUCGUGGAUAUCGUCACAGAUUGCGAGAUAGGAAGUAUUGUAGCAGUUGCCAAUAGAACGGUCAGGAAAAUUGUGAUCGAUGCUCAGUUGAUUGUGGAGGAGCUGAAGUGCAUGAGUGAGGCGAAAUGUUCGGAUGAAGUCGAGGGGAUGAAAAAAAGUCGAGCCUCCAGGACAAAGAGACACUCUAAGUCCCUGGAUAUCUCUCAACGUCCAGAGAUAAUAAACACGCGAGACUGGAAACGAGGCAUAACAAUAUUAGAGUUCAUUCAGAAAGCUGACAAUAUCAAGAACGAAAAAUUACUGAUGCCUGUAUUGUUUAAUCUCCUGAGGAUGUGCCUGAAUUUCGAGGAGCAGAGUCCCUUGGAGUACACGAAUCAACUCCUGCUCUCGAACAUUCACAAACUGACAAUGAUGAAUAUCCCAGUGCCGGAGCCCCACCUGCAGGUGGACCUCAUCUCCCAGUGUAUCAGAACAUCGCACAAUCCGCAGACUCAUCAUCAUGCUCUUCUAGUUCUCGUCGAGCUCUUCAAAGUCGCGAAUAUCGACAUUGCCCUCCACAACAUCAUGCCCAUCUUCACCUUCAUGGGGAGUUCAGUUCUCCGGCAGGACGACGCCUACUCCAUUCAAAUAAUCACUAAAACAAUCGAGACAAUCGUGCCGAUAAUAAAUGCUGCAGACGAUGAGACACACGCCUGUGAUAUCCUGAGAAUUUUCAUUGUCUCUCUCACUGAUAUACCAGAGCACAGGAGAAUUCCUCUUUUCGUCAAGCUCCUGCAGCUUCUGCAGAACCAUCUCCACCUGUUUUAUCUCCUGACCUUCGAGUGUCUGGUACUAGGGCAGAGUCAUGUCUCUCAAGACAAGAAAAAUUCCUCGCAAAGAUUUGAGUUCGCCCUGACGAUUUCCCAGGAAUUUUCGCCCAAGGUUUUAAUUGGAGUAUGCAUCGAGCUAGUUAAAUUCAUCAGAAGUCUGCCUGUUGAGCUCGAGGAGGAUGCAAGCAAACGAAAUUUUUCGUUUCCAAAGAAGAACAUAUUCGAUGUCGCUCACAACACGCCGAAGCAAUUGAGGCACUACAAAUACACGGCUAUCCAAUUUUUGAACGCCUUGUUAUCGUCCCCAAAUUUUGUGGACAGAAGUGCUUACCUGGAUACCUCCGAGAGAGAAGCUACGAAACCGUUGUAUGACAGCCUCAUCAUCGAGCUCGUUCUGCUGAUCGAGAGCGCCUCCAAGAGCGCCGAUCUUCACCAAGGAAAACUCAAGGGUAAAUAUUGGAAGGUCCUUCUCCACAAUCUCUGCGACAGCCUAGACGCCGUCAACGCACUCCUCCCGAAUGCAGUGUUCAUCGCGAGUGUGAAAAAACUGAUGAACCAUCAUCACGUUACGGUGAAAAGAAAAUCCCUCGAGUUGCUGAACACUCGUCUGCAGCAGCGUAAAUUCAACGAAGAGGAUUACCAAGAUCUGCUGUCACUCAUCGACUCCCUCCUGGAGACAGUAUCCAGCCAGAGUAAAGUACUCAACCAGGAAACAGAAGUCAUUCAACAAACAGCCUUGAUAACUCUCAAAUUCCUGGCUAAAUUCCUGGCGGCAGACAAUCCUCUUAAAUUUAAACCAGUCCUCGAGAUAACGAUCGAUUUCCUGAGGACGAAAGAAGGCCCUCUUCUGGGCUCAAUCGUCCUCUGCCUGGCGGAGCUCUGUGGCACCCUCAGAACCCACGUAAUUCCCUACCUCAGCAGGUUCUUCCCAGCGAUCCUGAAGCUACUGAAGACUCGCUGUUGCCAAGAAUCGCCAGACGUCGUAACCAUCAGUAUCGUCAGUGCUCUCCAAAAAAUCGUCGAGUCCGUUGGAAAUUUCUUGUCACUCUACCUGGAGCAAUUGCUCCUCGAAUUAUGCAAGCUGAGUACCCUCUACGCCGACAGUGAUCACCCGAAAAUAGGGAUCAUCGUGUCGAGGCUAAAGAUCAUUCGCCAGAAGCUGGUGAGCUGCAUUCGCAUGAGGGUGCUACUGCCUGCAGUCGAGAAAACGUACACAAGCCUCUUGAAAACCCAAUGCUACCAGUGCAUUCCAGUGUUAAUGGGAAUCCUGGGUGAAUCCUUCGGGAGUUUAACAUCCCAAGACCUCCAGGGAGCAAUACCUGAGGUAACAACGUUUUUCCUGCGUGUUCUUCAGUUCAGAGAGGAUGUGGAGGAUGUGAUAGUCCCUGGUGACGAUCACCGGAGUAUUCAGGAAUUUUUAGGAAUCGCUGACGUCGAGGAGAGCGCUGGAAAGAGUCUCGUCGCUCUGGUGUUAAAACUCAGUGAAGCGACCUUCAGGCCUCUCUACUACAAGCUCUACGACUGGGCUGCGAGAAACCCAGAGAAAAAACUCAGGAACAUAACGUUCUAUAGAUUAUCGGCGAACAUCGCCGAGUGCCUCAAGUCCCUGUUUAUUCUUUUUGCUGGACACUUUCUCAAGCAUGCGGCUGUUUUACUCCAGCAGAACAACUUGUCCAUUGCGAAUGAACCCGUCGACAACACUCUGGACGACGAGCCCCAGAGGAUUGAGCUCAUUGAGAGUAUUCUCACUACGUUAGAUCGAGUCUUCAGUUACGAUGCUCACAGCUUUGUCAAUCAAGAGAAAUUCGACAUUCUCUCGCAGCCAAUCGUCGACUGCAUUGAGUACACGGAAGGAUCGAAGGAGCUGUUCGAGGAACGAUCCAGACAGCUGGUUGUGCCCUGCAUCGCAUCCUUUGCCAGUGCCAUUCAGGACGACUCCCUGCACAAACAACUGGUUUAUCAAGUUCUACUCAAAACGAGACACACGAAGUCCCAGGUAAGGAGCACCGCAUUGAGUGCACUUAUUGAAAUUGCUAGAAAACUCGGUGAGGACUUCAUGCCCCUCCUACCAGAGACUGUGCCCUUCCUGGCGGAACUCCUGGAGGAUGAGGACGAGGCCACCGAGAGGACUGCACAGAACGCCGUCAGAACCCUUGAGGAAAUCCUCGGGGAACCACUGCAGAAAUAUUUUUAGUCGUCGUUUUAG